GCGAGUGCCCGGCUGCGGGAGGAGCCGCGGCCCGGCAGGACGGGCGCAGGGCGGGCGGCAGCCGGAGCCGGGCCCAGGGCCGCCCAGGCCGACGUCGCCAGCCCACCCCGACCUCGUCUCGCCGCCAGCCCGGCCCCGGACCCCGCGAUGGAGCGGCGGGAGCCCUGGGGAGCCGCCGUCGCCUCCCGCCUGUGAGCCGCUCCUCCCGCCCCGGGCCUCGUCCCGCGCCGGCGGCCGGGCCCGUCCCUCGGCCUCCGCUCCCUCGGGGCUCUUCGCACCCCUCCUCCUCCUCCUCUCCGCCCGGCGGGCCGGUGGCGGCAGCCAGGAAAUGGUCCAGGCCUAGCGGAGCGGCGAACGGAGCCACAUGAAGCAGGAGCCACACUGAGCCGACGUGUACUGAUGUUCCCUGGCGUCAUUUCCUGCAGCUGAUCAGCCCUGGGCACACCCCGUUGUGCUGGGUUGGAGCCGAGGGCUGCGGGCACCCAGCAGCACGUGUUCCUUCAGAAGAGCAGUAGGGUGCUGCUGGGGAUGGUUUACUGGCAAACUAAAGUAACAGGACAAAAAGGAGGGACUGACGCUGGUGGCCUGCAAGCAUCUCUGCUGCCUGGGAAGAAAAGAAAGCUGGGAGAGCCGAGCAGCUGCUGCCUCAUCCUGUCCAUAAAAGGAAUAGAAAAAAGAAAGCCAAGCAAAACCGAUCACUUCAGAUCUGCAUUUGUUUUUUCCUCUCUCAAUAGGAGAUAGGGCACGUUUCUUUCUAACAGUGCUUUGGAUGCUGGCUGCCAGCCUCGUGCAGGAGUCUGGUGGUGAUGUGCAGUCCCUUCGUGGGUGCCUUGCUGAGCUGGGGAUGAGCUGCAAUCACUGCUUUGUUCUUAGAGCUCGUCCUCGACAGUGACACAGAAUAACACUGACGCCUGUGUAAGGUUAACCCAGGGGAAGGGGUGGUGGUGCACCCAGAUGUUUUCACUGCCCAGUAGUACUAUUGCACAGAAUAUGGAGUUGUUUUAAAGAAGGAGCGGUUUGGGUUCUCUUAAUCCUUCAGUAAAUUGUUGGAUGUAAACAUUUUUAGGCUAUUUUAAUAGUGUGUUUUAGAGAAUGCCUUAAAACUUCUUUUUAAAUGAGCUCUGCUGCUGAAAUUAGAAUGUGCCUAUUUUAUUUUAUUUGGGUUCUAACAUUUGGUUGCUGGGUGCUUACCUUAAUCUAAAUAUUAUCUUAGCAUCUAUGUGCUGGAUCUUGGGUGCGAUGAGUAAUACAUCCAUCUCUCACCUGAACUUGUCUAAUAAAGUAUGUUAUGCUUCCAGAGCCUUUUGAGUUCUAAAGGAUCCCCAAGUCCUUUUUUUUGUAGUCAUUGCUGAGUUACAAAUCAUCAUGAUAGUUCUUUAAUCCAUCACUGAAGGGAGGUGCUUUCUCUAAUAGAACAUGCUAGCUAUUUGAUACGUGGGUAAUCCAAUACAGUGUUAUAGACUGGAGGGAGGAAUCUGGCAGCCAGAACUAAAGGAGCGGGAUGUAAUUACCUGCAUCUUCACUUGGCUGGGACACUGGAAUUAAUGAGCUGCUCUUAUAAAAGUACAGAGGUUUUCCUCAGCUAAGAGUGGUGAAGGAUUUGUGUUCUCUGUCUGAGAAGCAGUGGCAAGUCCAGGCACAUAGUGCUUUCUUGGGGAUUUCUGCAGUUUCAGAGCUGAUCAGGAAGGAGCAGCGCCCUGUAGCAAACUGCUUUCCCUCCCUGGUAGUUCUCAUCAAAUAUUAACCUAACCUAAGGCAACUUUUUCCUUUCUUUUUUCUUUUUUCUUUUUCUUUCUUUUUUUUUUUUUUUAAAGCUCUGCCACCCUGACUAUAUGUACAAAGGUGUUCAGCUCUUACACUACUUUGUCAUCUCCCUGUUGUGGGGUACGGGAUAGUUAAACAUUAGAAACAUCUGAAUUUAUUGAAAUGGUGAAAAUCUGGUUUGUAUUUGUAUUAUAUUACCAGUACUUAUUUUUUUACCAGUAUUUAUUUUUUUUACCAGUAACACAGACCUUCUGACAAAACUUUGGAAGAAAAGAUAUCUCCAUUAGAAACGGGAUUAUGUUUUAAAAACAAACCAGGAAAUCUUCAUUCUCAUCAAAAUACCCAAAUGAGGUUAUGGUUCAGGCACAGUGGUGCCCUCACUGUGUGUGUGCCUACCAUGAAUGCAGAGAUGCUGAGCUCUAACUUCAGAGCACUUCUGGCUUAGCCAACCUUUCCUCCUGUUGAGCAGAUAACAUUUGCAGUUGGAGCCAUCCCAAACUAAAUACCCCUCCCUUGCGGCAGAAUACCAGUGCUGUAUUAACUAGAGCUGAUGGAAAACUUCAGCCAUUGUGUUGAAAGGUGCGAGGGAGAGCAGUAAAAUGGAACCCUUCAUUCCUUUGAAAUCUUUUUUUUUCUUUUUUACUGCUUCUUAACACACGAAUAUCGUUUAAAUUCUCUGUCACUUCUUACUUUAGGGUUACAAAACUCAGCGAAGGCUGCUUGGGCGCUUGUCAUGCUUCUGUGUUUGUGAGAUUGUGGUUAUCCUUAAACUUCACCUGGAGUUUGUGCUGCUCUGUGCAGGGCUGGAGCACUUCUGUAGAAAAUGGUUUGUGGGUUUUCUCAGCAGUUCUCUUUUCCGUUACCGUAGUGUAGGAAGCUGUGAGUUGAGACUACGUGUUCACUUUUAUUUGCAACAUGAACCGUGAAGACCGAAAUGUGCUGCGUAUGAAAGAAAGGGAAAGGCGAAAUCAAGAAAUCCAGCAGGGUGAAGAAGCCUUUCCGCCCAACUCUCCUCUCUUUGCUGAACCAUACAAAGUUACCAGCAAAGAAGACAAAUUAUCUAGUCGCAUUCAGAGCAUGCUUGGUAAUUAUGAUGAAAUGGAUGAUCUUAUAGGAGAUAGAUCGCUACCAAAGCUUGUUGGAAUUCCCAAACCUACUGUACCAUCAACAGCAGAUGAAAAAUCAAACCAAAGUUUCUUUGGUGAUCAGAGACAUAAUGCUAGUUCCCAUCAGAGUAGCAAAUGGACUCCUGUAGGACCAGCACCUAGCACUUCCUCACAGUCUCAGAAACGGUCCUCGGGUUUACAGAGCGGCCACAGCGGUCAGCGUGGCGGUGGCAAUAACACUAGCAGUGGUGGCCAGAGGCACGACCGUGACUCGUACAGUAGCAGCAGCAGUCGCAAAAAAAGCCAGCAUGGAUCGGAACACUCCAAAUCCCGUUCUUCCAGCCCUGGGAAACCACCUGCUGUUUCUUCGUUAAGCUCCAGCCAUUCGAGAUCUCAUGGAAGUGAUCAUCACAGCAAAGAACAUCAACGCUCAAAGUCUCCCCGGGAUCCGGAUGCCAACUGGGACUCUCCUUCGCGUGUACCCUCAUUUUCAAGUGGACAGCACUCUAACCAGUCUUUUCCACCUUCGCUCAUGUCCAAGUCCAGUUCAAUGUUACAGAAACCCACUGCUUAUGUAAGGCCAAUGGAUGGACAGGAAUCCAUGGAACCAAAGUUAUCUUCCGAACACUACAGUAGUCAGACCCACAGCAGCGGUGUGAACGAGCUGAAGCCUAGCAGCAAGGCACAUCUAACCAAGCUGAAAAUACCUUCUCAACCACUCGAUGCAUCAGCAUCUGGUGAUGUGAGCUGCGUGGAUGAAAUUCUAAAAGAGAUGACCCAUUCUUGGCCUCCUCCGCUGACUGCUAUUCAUACACCAUGCAAAACUGAACCAUCAAAAUUUCCUUUUCCAACAAAGGAGUCUCAACAGUCCAGUUUUGGCACUGGAGAACAGAAACGAUAUAAUCCUUCAUCAAAAACAUCCAAUGGCCAUCAGUCCAAAUCAUGUGAAUCGAACCAGACAGAUAUGUUGAAAGAUGACUUAAAACUUAGCAGUAGUGAAGACAGCGAUGGAGAGCAGGACUGUGAUAAGACAGUGCCAAGGAGCACACCUGGAAGUAGUUCUGAACCUUCACAGCAUAACAGUGAAGGAGCAGAUAAUUCAAGGGAUGACUCGAGCAGCCACAGUGGGUCUGAAAGCAGUUCAGGAUCAGACUCUGAAAGUGAAAGCAGUUCCAGUGAUAGUGAAGCUAAUGAACCAUCACAGAGUGCAUCCCCUGAGCCAGAGCCACCGCCAACAAACAAGUGGCAACUGGAUAACUGGUUGAACAAAGUUAAUUCACAUAAAGUGUCACCAGCUUCUUCCGUGGACAGCAAUAUCCCAUCCUCACAAGGCUACAAAAAAGAGGGACGGGAUCAGGGAACAGGAAGUGGGUACACUGAUCAAAGUGGAUCCAAGGACUCCAUUUCUUCAACACCAGGGCGAGAUUCCAAACCCACCCAAAAGGGCUCAGAGAGCAGUCGUGGCAGGCAGAAAUCACCUGCCCAGAGUGACAGCUCAACACAGAGGAGGACUGUGGGUAAAAAGCAGCCCAAGAAGGCAGAAAAGACAUCUGUUGAAGAGCCUAGAGGAGGUCUUAAAAUAGAAAGUGAAACCCCAGUAGACAUGGCAACAAACAUACCUUCGAACAGGCAUAAGGCAGCCACUAAAGGUUCCAGAAAACCUAAUAUAAAGAAAGAGCCCAAAUCUUCCCCUCGGCCUACAACAGAGAAGAAGAAAUACAAGGCUUCAAGCAAAUCUGCCCAGAAAUCCAGGGAAUUCAUAGAAACAGAUACCUCAUCUUCUGAUUCAGAUGAAAAUGAAAGCCUGCCUCCUUCAUCACAAACACCCAAAUACUCCGAGAGCAAUAGGACUCCUGUUAAAUCUUCCAUGGAGGAGGAUGACAGCUUUUUUCGGCAAAGAAUGUUCUCUCCUAUGGAAGAGAAAGAGCUUCUUUCACCACUCAGCGAUCCUGAUGAAAGGUACCCACUUAUUGUGAAGAUUGACCUGAGCCUCUUAUCAAGAAUACCAGGGAAGCCUUACAAGGAUGCUGAUGUGCCCAAAGUGGAAAAGAAGAAUGUGCCAGAGAAGCAUGCAAGAGAAUCCCAGAAGCAGCCUUCUGAUAAAAGUUCUACGAAAGGCAAAAGGAAACAUAAACAGAAUGAGGAUGAAAACAGAGCCAGUGAAAGCAAGAAAACGAAACUGGAAGAAAAAGCUCCAUCAGGACACAAGACUUCUAGCAGCAGGGAGUCUUUAAAACCAAGUGCUGUUAAAGAGAAGGAUUUACUGCCAUCUCCUGCUGCCCCAGUCCUUCAGAAGGAUUCCAAACAAGAGCACGGGUCCCGGAAGAGGACAGUCAGUCAGUCGUCAUCCUUGAAGUCCAGCAGCAAUGUUAGUAAGGACAGCAGCAGUGGCAGUAAAAGCAGCUCAUCUUCUAAACAGAAGAAGAUGGAGGGCAAAGGUUCUGGCAGUGCUAAAGAAACAAAGGAAAAGAUUCUGAACAAUUCAUCGAACUGCCCUCCUGUUUCUGCUCCAUCUACAGAGAGCUCAAAAUCAAGAAGAGCAAAACUUGUUUUUGAUGACAGGACUUACUCAGCUGAUCAUUAUUUACAGGAAGCAAAGAAGUUAAAACAUAAUGCAGAUGCAUUGUCUGACAGGUUUGAGAAGGCUGUGUACUACCUAGAUGCAGUAGUGUCGUUCAUUGAGUGUGGGAAUGCAUUGGAGAAAAAUGCUCAGGAAUCCAAGUCCCCGUUCCCUAUGUAUUCAGAAACUGUGGAAUUAAUCAAGUACACUAUGAAACUGAAGAAUUACUUGGCACCGGAUGCUACGGCUGCAGACAAAAGGCUAGCAGUGCUUUGUCUUCGGUGCCAAUCUCUACUAUACCUAAGGCUUUUCAAACUGAAAAAGGAAAGUGCAUUGAAAUAUUCUAAAACUCUGACUGAACAUCUGAAGAAUUCCUAUAAUAAUUCUCAAGCACCGUCACCUGGUAUGGGAAGCAAGCCUGUUGGUAUGCCAUCUCCAGUCUCUCCAAAGCUGUCUCCAGGGAAUUCAGGAAAUUACUCUUCUGGGACAGCCAACCCUUCAGGGAGUGGGUCUUCGGUGAUGAUCCCCCAGAGGAUCCAUCAGAUGGCAGCCAGCUAUGUCCAAGUUACAUCCAACUUCCUCUAUGCCACUGAAAUUUGGGACCAAGCUGAACAGCUGUCUAAAGAACAGAAAGAGUUCUUUGCUGAACUGGAUAAAGCUAUGGGCCCUCUGGUUUUUAAUUCAAGCAUCAUGACAGACCUAGUGCGUUACACCCGUCAGGGACUACACUGGUUGCGCCUGGAUGCCAAGUGAUCCUUUGAACUGAAGGAAUGGAGGAUAGAACACAUUUUUCUCGCUGCCUCUGAUUUAUCUCCACAACACUGUGUCAUGUCAAUAAGGAAGACUGCCAUAACACAUUGCUUAGUUGACACUAAGAGCAAGGAAUGCUUUCACAUGUCUCCCAUCCUGAUUUGUGUUUUGUGUUUUAACCCAAAAUGAUCUCGUUAAUGGACUCCUUCAGUAUUCCCUUCUUAAGUUAUUUAAAUAUUUUUAAAUUUGCGACAUAUAAAGGUGUAGCUUUGCUAAUCUAUCAUGGAUAGAUUUGGUCAUUGGAAUUCCCGUCAUAAUACGUAAAUAGUCGGUUUAAAUCCUAUUUAUUUUAAUUUUUUAAUUUUAAUUGUGAAAAGCCUGAUUUGGGGCAGUUUUUAGCUGUUUCUUCCCUAAAUUUACCCUUCCAAGUACUUAGGAAAAAUUAAACAUAGACACUUUAUUUAAGUACUCUGUGAGCUUUGUUACUCUGUAAUGUCUUGUGGUGGUAGAACCUGUAAAAGGAAUUAGGAUUGAUAGGUUCUAACGUGUAGAAACACCAUACUUUUCAUGCCUAAUGCCUAUGAAUCAACUAAUAAAUGACAGCUAGAGUUUUAUUAUUGCAGAAUUUGUACUAAAUAGAAAAAUUCCAGAUAUUCUUCUACGUAUUAAAAUACUUCAUUUAAAUGAAUUUUAAAGAAAUUUAUAUGGAAAAAUAUUUAGCUGGAUCUGACUUGGGUUGCUUUCAAGGCAGUUUCAAAACAUUGGUUAACACUAUAACAAAUCACGAAACAUAGCAGUAAUUUGCAUUUGAUGGAAUAUCAGAGUAAUGGUGUAGGAAUGAACUUCGGUCUGAUAGGUGCGAUGCAUAUAGGAAAGGUUUCUGAAAUGGACAAUCUUGUGCUUUUUUAUAUCUCUUCAUUUAAAACGCAUUUUCUUUCCUUGCUUGUCAUUUUUUGACACUUGCAAAAUCAGCAGUUUUGUGGUUAAAAAAGCCAACAGUAGUUGAAUUCCUACCAGAACUGCCAUUUGCAUCUUUUUCAUUGACUGGAAAAUCAGGAAUCUUUAGUAGAGACGGAGGUCCGUUUUUUUCCUUUUAGGGUCUGAUGGUUAAUGGACACUACAGCAUGACAGUGCAACAGCCAUUGUGGGGUGGGGAGCACACCUGCUAUUACAGGGAAGUUGUCUAAUCGUUUUGAUGCAGAAUGGAUUUAAAACUUGUAUUUACCCCCAUAUUAAUGAAGGUCCCAUUCGUGUUUGAUGCAUUUGAUGGAGCAGAAUAUUCGUUUGAGAGGAAGCGAGUCGGUGCAACAGAAAUGGGUUGUGGAGUUGCAGUCGACUGCUCUCAAAACGUGUAAACCAAAGUACCUUUCCACGUGAGGUGCUUGUCUGAGUCAAAGGUUUAAAAUGCUACUGCUUUCAGUAUUGCUUAGUGCCCCUAACAUGUCUGGUGUGCCUUAUGCCUUACUUUUAGAUGAAGAUUUUAUGAACUGUUUACAAGAUGUUUUACAGCAGGACCAGGUGUACUGUAUGCAGUGGUCUUCUGCAGUACUUGGGUAAAAUUCCAUUUCCUUUUUAAAAGUACCAGUGUCUGUCAUGCAAACUGACUUCUCAUUGCAGUGGUCUCCUUUUAAAGAGUCAAGCUCUGAAUACUUUAGAGUGCGAUUGUGGAAUGCUGCUUUGUUUUAUCUCCCAUUUAACCCCUGAUUCUGUACCAGAGAUGAACGUGCACGUUCAGGAAAAAAUAUUGCACUAAAGUUUUGUGUCGUUGUGGUUAAGUGCCAAAAUCAUGGCAACCUCGAAAGAAGGAAUAGAAUUCUACGCUGCUCAGUACUGCAGUAUGUCCUAUGGGCUUUAAGAGUUUAGAGGUUUUGAAAUGAGUAACCUGCUAAAAGGUAGCUGCAUAUUCGUAGAGCUUCCUUUGCGUUCCAGCGUGUUUUGUACUUCCAGAAGAGCUUUGCUACAUACGAACCGACACGUGGUUGGUUAGCAGACCUGUGACUUGUCCCGUUACAGCUGGAGCACUCAUCAGGUCUGCUGGUCGGAGCAUCCUUUUAAUUGAAUCACUGUGCAAGAUCGCGUUCCUUUCGUGUUUGCUGUUAGAGACAGAACUCUGUACCCUCAGACUCUGCAUCCUGGUUAAUGGGACACUGUCAACUAAUUUUUCCUUUAAUACUCUAAAGUGCCUAGCACUCUUUUGACGCUAUAUAAAAAUACCUUUGUAGGAGUUGCAUUCAUAGUUGAUUUUUUUGUGUAGCGCUGCACCGGCCGGCGCAGCUGCUUUCAGCUUGCUCCUUUGUGCACAGCGGCCAUGACUGUAAGCAGGAAUGGUCUCAUCUCUGGGAAUUCAUUUGCUUUCUUUAUUUCCUUGGAGUCCCACAAAUACCUUUUGGUGUCACACGCAGUUGUCUCUGAAAAAAACGUAUUGCUUGUCCCCGGGUCGGUGGGUCUUAAACAGCUGUCUUCGCGUAACUGGAAGACUGCUUACGUUGUGUCAGAAUGUGGGCCUGAAGUGGCUGACGGGCUCCGUCACGGGGCAGUGCCCUGCAGUGCUGUCCCAGGCUUUCUGUCCGUAUGGGAGAUACGCAGUGCUCUUGUUCUUUGAAAAGAGAUGCCUUACUCAUCUGUGGCUAUUUCAAUCAGAGAAACUUAAAUGUCACGCUUCCAAAAGCAUAUCAGGUUUGGGAUUUACCAUUCUUUCCAAGACAGAAGUUGUGUACUUUGUCAGAUUUCGUAGCUAUAAACAAAUGCAAAUACUUAAUAUGCUUCCAUGCCGAUGCCACAGUGCAGACUAACAGCCCAACUCUGUCCUUUCCUUAACGUCUACACGCCAGCAGUGGAAAUGCAGACGGCGUCAGCGUUAAGGCAGGCUGCAGUGGUGGCUGAGGAGGGGAUCCCUCACUCCCAGCUUCCUCAACGAUUCCCUCGACGAUUGUACCUUAAAUACAUAUCAACGCUGUGAUUUCAAUUCCCUUACUGAACGCGGUCCCAGUUGGUGAAUCUUAAAGAUGGCUUAAUCAGACUAGGCUUGCUCAGAUAUCACUAUUAUUUGGAUUUGCUGUGAAACCUGCAGGUUCCUAGAUGAGAAGGUGCGACCAUUUGUAUUUGUAAUCAAAUCUUCAGGACACCAGAGUAAAACAGCCCAAUACUUUUGUUUUGAUUUGAAACUAUUAGCCAUAAAGUAGAGCGUGUGGAUGGCUCUUCUUGGCUUUUGAUGGCAGUAUGCAAUUUGUAUUGUAUGUGUCUUUUAAUAUAUAUGUAUAUAUAUAUGAAAUCAGUCUGUCCAAAGUAUAUGUUAUACUUGUUUUUAGAUUAUGGUGCAACUGACUAUAUUGAUAUAUUAUUUAUUGAGUGCUGAGUCACCAUCUUACUGGUGAUGAAUCUUGCAUAUUAUACAGGAGUGCAAUGUAUGUUCCUUUAGAUUGCUGAGGCUUGAUUGCUGUGAUAACAAAAGGAAAAAAAAAAAAAAGCCCUGAAAUGUAUUUAUGAAUGGCCCUAACAUACAGAGUCAGUACUUUGUGGAAAUGAUGUGCUUGCCCGGGGCAAGUAAAAUAAAGCCGUAGGCAGAUAAUUGUGUGGUUUUCCAGGAUGGGAAACUAUUGGAAAGAGAGACUACCUUUGCUGUAUUUAAUAUUUCAUUUACCUAACAGAUAUUUACUGCCACCGCAGCAUUUAUGUUAAGGGCCUGAGCAAGUCGAGUUUGAAUUACCCACUGGGGAGUAAGCAACUUCCAAAUUCAUAGAUUUCUGACAAAUGUUUUGGUCAGGGUUUAAAUUACUCCAUCUAAUGAAGCAGUGUUAUGGAAACCUGUGUGUUAAUGCUGGAUGUCUUGAAGUGUGAAGACUAGCUAAAGCUUUUGGUGGCCAACUCAAAUACAGAGCUGUUCCAGGAGGCAAAUCUCCGGAGUGUGGAAGUUACCUAAAAGCAAUCAAUCAGGGAAUCGUGAUGUAUGUCAAACUCCAUUACUGUCCAAGGAAUUGGUUUCUGAUGCCAUGAUGCCAUUUGAAAGCAGAGGUGUUGGGGUGGGGGGAGGCAGGGAGGGAGGGGUUAGCUACGUGGUGAGUACAUUUUUCCUCUCAGUACGAGCUCUGGUCUUUGCUAGAGCAGCCAUCGACAGCAUUAGUUCUUUGCUCUCUGCUGAUCUCAGCUGAGUUUCAAUUGAGUACACUAUACUGAGCAAUUUGGAAUGCUGUGUUACAGCAUUAGGGUUCAUAUAGGCUAUCUUCAUGUUAAUUUCAUCUGGAAACUUAAUGGAAACGUACCUAUUCCCGUCAUACCUCUCUGCGUUUGCUAUUGGAGCUGAUACAGGCAAAUUGGAAUGCAGUGUUCCCUGACUUUGGUUUUUAUAUGCAGCCCUGGGAAUCGGUGUCAUUGGGUGCACAGUGCUUCUGCAGCCCUUCUUUUCGGCUGCAUUGACGUUACACAUCUGAAAACUCAACUCUAAGGACCAGGCAUGACUUUUGCAAGCACAGUUCCUGACAUUUGUAUCUGGUCCCCCUUUUAAAUUGUUUUAAGAAAUUUUGUAUAUGGAGGAUAAAGUGCUUAUAUAUUUAUUAAAAAUCCUUUAUCUUAAUUGAAAUUAUUAUUUGAUGAAGAAGGGUUUUUUGGGGGAGGGUUCGUGGGUGAGGGAAGGUAACUUUUCACCUGUCGCUUAUAAAUGAAGCCCUUAUGAAUCAUACAGAAAGGUACUGCUAGUAACUAAUGGGAUGUCUCUGUUUCACACUUUGUACAUGACGAGUCCACGUGUUACGUUUUGUUUCUAUCAGAGUAUUUAGGCAUCUGUCUUCAACCAAAACCUAAAAACACACCGACUGUGAUUUUAUUUGUUGCAAUACAUUUGAAAUUUCAAAGGGUACUUUGGGGCUCAAAAUUAGGAUUUCUAAGUCAGUAUGUGCAUUUCACGUAAUAAAGCUGUUAAUGGUGAGCAAAGUAUUAUAUACUAACUAGAUUUUUUCCACAUCUGUAUAGUAUAUUCUAUGUAUUUUGUGGUAUUGAGAUUAUAGAAAGUUUAGUGUCUGAAACAUGCGUUUAAUGUGUAUUUUUAAACAAAUUUAUGGCAAUUAAAAUAUUUGGAGAAAAGGGUAUCACAUUUCAAUUUGUAAAGAUCUUUUUAACUACUGUGUCAUUAAAAUGCUUUGUACAAUGCAAAACUGUAACUGGAGAAACUAAGUUUAAUAAAUAUCAAAUAGAUUUUCUGUAUUAAA